AUGGCACCGCAGUCAGUUGCAGCGUUCCUCCGCACGCGAUGCGCCACCACGCUAUACCGAGUGACCUGUUACAACACUCUCAUCCCCUACGGCUGCGUGUUCCACACAAACCCGGUCAGGCUCGCCCGGGCCGCCGUCGACCUCAACGCGGCCCAGCUCCGCGCCCUCUCCACGCGCGUGAAGGAGGUCGUUGCCCGUGGCGGCAUGGGCCAGCCGGGAGGACCCGCCUACGUGCUGCGGGACUGCGCGGGCACGGUGUCAUCGGCGGCCGGGCUGGCCAGGAAAUCGGGGGACGAGAUCGGCAAGCUCGACGCGGCGGGGAGCAAUGCGACCGUGACUCAGGUCAGGUGGGCGAUCUCCAACGCACAGACGUGGCUCAGCGCGGCCAUGGCCAACGAGGCCACAUGCACCGAAGAGCUUGCCCCAUGGGGCGGCGGCGCCGCCGCCAAGGAGCUUGUGGCCGGGACGGUGAUUGCCAUGCAAAGCACGAGCGUCGCCCUCGCGCUGGUCAAUGGCAUGCCACGCUAA